GUGAAGACGAGCUGUCCCUGCAAGAGAUGCGCUGGCUUGUGGAAGGACAUCUGCCUCCAGUGCCACACAAAUGAGCCAAAAGCAUUUACUGCAGCCUUCCAGAAAGGCACUGAUGUGUCCCGCCCGUGCCGCAGCGAACAGACCGGGCCGUGAAUUCAUUGGCAGUGCAAAAGCUGCGAUUCAGGCGCCGAGAGCUCCGCCGCGGGCCGGGAAGGCCUGAGCCGCCAGCGGUUGCCUGCAAUUCCCGUAAUCGCGGUGCGGGCCCAAGUGAUCCGCAGCAGGGACUGGACUAUGGCAUGGCACUCCCCCUCCUGCGGGGCGCGGGGCACAGGUGGCCUCUGGAGCUCGCGGGGAAGGGAAGGCUCCGCUCGCUCCCCUGCAGGAAACGCCGGGCUGGGCGGCAGCACCGCGAGGCGAGCGGCCCGGGUAAGCAGGAGAGCCAUGGAACCUGUAUUGCUCAAUCCUCAGCAAACAAGAUGCGGACUGGGCUCAUCUUUGGCUUAGCGUAAGAGAACCAUUCCUGGAAGUUUCCAUGGUGAACGCCAGAAUGGAGCACUCUGGACCACCCCACAGUUCAGACCUUACAGACUUCCUGGCAAAUUAUGAAAGAGCAGAACUGAGCUGUGAAACUGGAGGUAGCUUGGGGGAGGCCCAGGACUUGCCUCCGUAUUCUGAAACUCUCCCAAACGAAAUAGCGCCUCCCUCUCCCUUCUUACGUCUUGAGAAAUUAGAUUUCUUGCAGGAGAACUUGGAGGAAGCCUGUAGCAGUCCUGAAACACCUGAUGAAAAAUCCUUUCCAGCCUUAGCUUCAGAUCACACUGCAGGGCCUCUGCCAGGUUCACAGAGUGUGGAUCUCUUCUCUGAGAAACUGGAGCUGCCCCAGAGAGAAGCUUUUACUUUGGACAACUUGAAAAAUCAGGACACAAGCAUCAGCAAUGAUGCCACCCAGGCUCUGUUCUGGGCCAGCAUUCUUCAAGCCCAGAUGUGUGUCAUGGACCUUCAAGGGGAGAUUGACAGGCAGAACGAGCCAGAGACAAUCCCCGGUCUUAGCCUAGAGCAGACGCCAGCAACACCUGCAUCUCAGGACUUGAUGGAAUCUUAUGAUUUUCUGCCCAUGGACAGUACUAGUGAGGAAUCGGAGGAGUUAUCAGAGAGACUGGAGGAUCUGGAAGGUUCCUCUGAGGAGGAGGAGGACGAGGAAGUGGAAUACUUGUUUUACAACAAUCCACUCUUUCAAGAGAGUCCUCACCCAACGAGAACCACCAGCUUUGAAGAACAACCCUUCGGGGGCCAUCCAGAGGGAAGAGCUUGGGUGGGAGACGAGGAGGGAAUAUUGGACCGUGGGCUGGAAUCUGAAAAACAGGAUGAUGUCCUAUUUUACCAAACAAGUAUUGCAACAAGUCCUGAGGCUCUGGACUCGCCCUCUCUACCUGAGCUGACCUCAUGCCCUAUCCCAGCCUAUGUGCCUCACUACCGCUCCUUCUCACCCUUAGUGAUUACAGAAGGGGAUGUUGAAAGUGAUUGCUCUGCAGCAGAGAGCACAGAGGACCAAGAAUGCCUUGGAGACCAGCAGGGUGAUGCCCAACCUGAAAGUAUUUUGGUUCCAGGUGCAAUACAUGCCUCGGAUUUGUCAGGUGAAGGCUUACUGUUUUCUGCCUCCAAUACCUCCCUUCUAUCAGUUUUGCUGCAAGAACCCAAUGAGAACCACGAGCCGGCGUCUCCUGCAGAGAUCAGUGGGACUCCUCCCCCCACCCAGAUCAUCUCAGUCGCUGAUGUUGAGCCAAAUCUCUGGCAAGAAAAGUUCAAGCCACAAGCGCCAUCCUGCAGCCACUUGUCGUCUUCCUGCGCAUGGGUGGAGGAACCCCAAAGAACUUCCUGUCUGCAGGAGGAAGUCACUACCAGAGAUUUUCACUUGGUCGCAUUUGAAGGAGUAGACAGGAAGCUAGAAAACUCAGCAGAGGGGUUUGAGAUGGUGGACGUGCCCACUGUAUGUAGUGAUGAGAUCUUGGAAGAGGAGAAGGAAGAGGAGGAGACAACUAUGGCUACCCCACGGUGCUCUGAAGAGCCCACUGGGGAACCCAGCAAAACAGGAGAGACGCUACCUGCCAAGGAGCCAGCAGAAUCCAAUGGGUUUCUCCUCACGAAUGGCACUUCUGGAGACCAAGCUGCAGCGCAGCGCCUGGCAGGACGGCUCUAUCACUUGGACGGGUUCAAGAGGACACAGGUGGCUUCCUUUCUCCGGAAGAACAAUGAAUUCAGUCAGAUGGUGUCUGAGGCAUACCUCUCAUUCUUUCAGUUCAGUGGACUGACUCUGGACCAAGCUCUGAGGUUGUUCCUGAAGGCUUUUGUGCUCACAGGGGAGACCCAGGAACGUGAGAGGAUCCUUGGGCAUUUCUCCCAGCGCUAUCACUCGUGCAACCCGGAAGCCUUCCUCACAUCUGAUGCUGUGCACACCCUCACUUGUGCCAUCAUGCUCCUCAAUACGGACUUGCAUGGGCAGAAUAUUGGCCGGAGCAUGACUUGUCAAGCUUUUCUGGCCAAUCUUGAGGGCAUGAACGAUGGCAGCAGCUUCCGCAAAGAACAGUUGAAGGCAUUGUAUCAUUCCAUCCGCAAUGAAAAACUGGAGUGGGCUGUAGAUGAAGAAGAGAUCUCCGGCACCCCGAUGCCCACGCCCACUGGAUCCUUCCGGAAGAAAAGCAAUCCUUUCCUGACUCUGUGUCAUGAUCCUGGGGCUAAAGUGUACCAUCAGGGCUUCCUUACUCGCAAGGUGCAUGCUGAAGCUGAUGGCAAAAAAACCCCAUGGGGAAAGAGAGGCUGGAAGACUUUCCACACUGUUCUGAAGGGGAUGGUGCUCUACUUCUUCAAGGAUGACAACCGGCUUGAUUCUCUGAGCUCAGAGGACCCCAUCGGGGUUCAUCACGCCCUGGCAGAGAGAGCCAGCAAAUACACCAAGCGGCCCAACGUCUUCCGGCUCCAGACGGCUGACUGGCAUGUCUUCCUCUUCCAAGCACCGACUCCAGGGGAAAUGAAUUCUUGGAUUUCCCGCAUCAACCUUGUGGCUGCCAUGUUCUCCUCCCCACCAUUCCCAGCAGCAGUGGGCUCCCAACGGAAAUUUAUUCGCCCAGUCCUCCCGACAGCAACUUGCAAGAAUUCCCUGGAGGAUCAACACAUGGCGCACGAGGACUGGAUGGACAAGAUCUCGGAUGAGCUCCUGGACCAUCAACGGAACCUCCCCGACAAGCGUGGCCGUAGCCGGGACCUGGAAGAGUAUCAUCUCAAGAAGGAGUAUUUGCUGUACGAGAAACGACGGUACGAGACUUACAUAAAGCUGCUGGAGGUGAAGCUCAGCAGCGGCACAGAGGAUCUUGACCAGUGGGAGGCACAGCUGCAAAAAGCCAGUGGGGAUGAUGAUGAUGAUGAUGAGAAUCCUGGCCUGAAAAAGUCACACUCCAGCCCCUCCCUGAACGCGGAUGGACCAACCACCAACAUCAAGGUGAAGAGGAACAUCUCAGAACGCAGAACGGUGCGGAAGAUCAUCCCCAGGCGCAACAAGCAUUUGCUGUGAUCAUCCCCAAAGAACUUUGCCCUGCCUGAGCGCAUGCUUCUCACACACAGGCUGCUGGACAGUAGUCUGACUUGGGGCAGGAACAUUGAAUGGUACAAAGGACUGCUUUUUCAAACCAAGGCAAACCAGCACUUGCAGUAUUUGGCCACCAGAGUGUGCCACAUCACAGACAACAGAUUGAUAGACUCAAAAUACUGGCGGUGGGGUGGCAGGCUCCCCCCCUGCCCAUACAGUGCAAAAGCCCCCUGCGGGUUGUCUCUGAUCAAGUUUAAAGAAUUAGCCCUUCCUGACCCAGAGGGUUGUGGGCAUGCUGUUCUCAGGGAAAGUGCCCCACUUGUGGGGAGAGGGAGAGCCCCUCUCUGCAGUGUUUAUCCCCCAACCCAAAUGUCAUAUCAGUUCUUUGUUUUUGCUGUAGGGGCAGAUGGGACCUUGGUGCAAUAAAUGAAAACAGGCAAA